GCCUACGUGCGAUCACGUUCCGCGCUGAAGACCGAAAUUACGAGCUUCCUUCCACCAUGCUCAAAAAGAGAUUUGCCUCUUCAUCCGGUAUAUUCGGCGCGAUCCUGUGAAAGCGGUGAUCUGAUCUGCCGCACCGGAAGUCCUUUAUAACGGACACACGAUUAGUUGCCCGUAGUUGUCUGCUGGCACCUUUCUUUCCCUGCUCAUCCUACCUCAACUCUCGUUGUGGUGGUAAACUGUAUCCUCCAUGGAGGACGUGGAGAAGCAAGCGGACUGCUCGUCGCUUCGAGGACCAAGCAUUGAGACGGGUGCAUAUGAAAACCUUAAUCGGCACAGUGCUUUGCAACCUCCUAACGCGCUUUUACUACCCACAAACAUGGAAAAGCCAGAUGCAGGAUGGACUGGUUGGUUGGCUGUCUUCGGAGCAUUCAUGGCCCUCUUCUGUUCGUUCGGUCAAAUGAAUGCUUUCGGAACAUACCAGUCGUGGUAUUUGGGUCAUCAGCUUGCCGGUUAUUCGCAAUUCAGUAUUUCUUGGAUUGGAUCCCUUCAGCUAUGGACUUUUUUCUUCAUGGGAGGACCUAUAGGACGUCUUUUUGACGCCUACGGGCCGUCACCUGUGAUACUAUCUGGAACACUGCUAUUAACUUUCAGCACAUUAAUGACAAGCAUUUCCACGAAGUAUUAUCAAUUCUUAUUGUUCCAAGGCUUCUUCUUUGGCCUUAGUGUUGCGUCGCUCUUCUAUCCCUCUUUAGCAGCGGUCUCGACUCACUUUGAUAAGUACCGUGCAUCGGCUCUUGGCAUUGCAGCCGCUGGCUCUGGUGUUGGUGGUGUCGUUUAUCCCAUUAUGCUCCGCACACUCUUCUCGCGCACUGGUUAUGCAUGGUCGGUUAGAGCAUCGACAUUACUUUCUGUGGCAUGCUGCGUCGUUGCUCUUGCUACCGUAAAGAAAGAGGGUCGUAAGAAAUGCUCCGGAUGGAUAGAUGUCAAGAUGUUCAAAGAUGCAUGCUUCAUGUUGCUCGCUACUGGAUCCUUCUUUAUCUGCCUUGGUAUAUUUACUCCAUUCUUCUAUAUCGUGUGUUACGCCGAGGAUCAAGCACUCGUUUCUCAGCAUACCGCAUUUUACGUUCUGUCAGUAAUGAAUGCUGGAGGUGUAUUCGGCCGCAUCGUUCCCGCGAUCCUCUCUGACAAGAUAGGGCGAUUCAACCUCCUUAUACCCACCUCCUUCUUAGCAGGCCUAUCGUGCCUCAUCUUUUGGAUGCUUGCGAAGACAAUGAUCGCUGUGAUGGGUUUCGCGGCGGUUUAUGGUUUUCUAUCCGGUGCAUUCAUAUCCGUCAUUACUCCAUGCGUCGCACAGAUAUCAGAUAUCAACGAGAUUGGAACUCGAAUAGGUGCAUUGUAUACACUUAUAUCUGUCCCCUCUCUUGUUGGUGGACCCGUCGCAGGAGCUCUUAUUCAAUACCAGGGCGGUUCAUACACUGGAAUGAUUGGGUUAUCGGGAUCAAGCAUCAUCUUCGGGUCAUUAUUUAUUCUAGCCUGCAGGCUCAGGAUAAACCGAGAUAUAUGCGUAAGAGUGUAGCGAGUAGCUCGCACCUCGUGCAACCGUCGUAUCAUUAUUUUCUAAGUUUUACGACUGGGAAAUUUGCAUUGACGACGGCUUUAAUUCUUGUGCUAUGUAUAGUGUAAUUAUUGUAUUUUUAUCAUCACGGAAUGCACAUCUUAGGCGUUAUCA